AUGACGAAAUUACCUAUACUUUUCGUAGCAAUUCACUGUGUUAUAUACAUUUAUUCUAAAAUCAGCGGCGUGGAUUCAAGACCGCCAGACUACGAGCCGACUGCGGGCACUGAUGACGCGAUUGAAGAGACAAGAGAUGUCACAGAACAUAAAAAAUAUCUUCAAAGACAGGGCGUGCCUAUUCUGAAGAAAAAGUUCAACCGUCUUCCAGGCGUAUGUAGACGUCUGAAAAGAAGGAGGAUAACAAUUCUGUGUAACACAGCCAAGUUCUGUUCUGCCAUGGCAUAUUCUCAGCAUGGCCACAUCUGCUCCUGCCCAAAGGGAUCAAAGUGCUCUCAUUUCUUUUUAUGGAGUUUGUGAUCUCUCUUUUUUUUUUUUUUUACUUUCAUCACAAUAUACAUUAUAUUCCACCAUGACAGAAUCAUGUGACACCAGACGAACAAUUCCUUAUUCCCAUUUAUUCCUCUGUCCAUCA